UAACUCUUUGUUUUUGUUAUGGGCUUCCUGUAAAUUAAGAGAUAUUUUGAAAUACAUCUUUACAUAUGACACACAAGACGUAGUUAUGUUACAAUACAUAGAAUAUCAAAUAAGUUGAUUCCAUGAUAAUAAUAAUGAGGAUGCUUCAACUUCAGAUACUUUUUAUACUUUUUGUGAAUUUUACAAGUGUUAUAUGUGUGUUUCACUACUGUCAAAAUGGUAACACACAGACAAUACAUAACGAGACUAGUGGUACUAUCAGAACAGUCCUUUCUGGUAAAAAUUUCUAUGACGACAACUUGAACUGUGGUUGGUUGAUUGAUGGAGGCGUGGGUAAACUGAUUCAGCUGUCAAUCACACAUGUCAAUCUACAAUUAGCACCAUCCUACUCCUCAUGUGGGACAUAUGAUCAUCUCUCUAUAAUGGAUGGUGAUGCUACAGUAACUGAAGCCAUAACAUCAAUAUGUGGACACAGGAAUCCAUAUGAAGUACUCAGCUCAGGACGCUAUCUCUAUCUCAAAUUCUACUCAAAUGACAAAAACUUCUAUGAUCAUUCUGGAAUCACAGUUAAUUUCCAAGUUUUCAAUGAAAAUGAGUGUCCCCCUGACUGGACAAACCUGACCACUACUGACCAGUGUUUUAGAAUAAGACAAUCUCCUGCAGCCGGAGUAGACUGGAACUCUGCCUACGAUAACUGUAUGUUUAGCCAGGCCAACCUAGCUAUCAUAAAUCAUCAUCAAGUCUUUGACCAAUUAAGAGCUCAUGCACAAAAUGUAUCUGUGGGAUCUGCAUGGAUUGGACUUACUGAUAUUGAAACAGAAGGAAAAUUUAAAUGGUUAGACAACACCUAUUUAGCUAGUUGGAUAAGAACUGAGGGUAACAAUGAUGACAGUGACUGUGCAAUAUUUAAUUUUAAUACUCAAAAAUUUCAAUUUAAAGAAUGUGAAAGAGACCAACACUUAGCAGUUUGUCAGAGAAAUAAAGUGAACAAAACAAGUAUAUUUUCAAUACCAGUAGAGAAGGAAAUAGAAAAGAAAGUGGAGCAUUUUAAUAUAAGAAUAAUCCUGAUCAUUGUGGGUAUUGUGCUAGCCAUAAUUAUUGUCGUUGCUAUCAUUAUGUGUAAGAGAAAGAGGAAGCAUAGAUAUAAUCAGGCACAUCGCUCAGUAGAGAUGGAUUCUGUACAUGACGAGGAAGAGACGCCAAGACUAAUCUCUACAAACUAUACAGAACGUCCAGAGAUGGACAAUAAAACUUCUCUACCAGAAGGCAUCAUUAAGCCAUCAGCUCCUCCAUCUUAUGAACAUGUGAUGGGCGGCCAUGCUUGAUCAUGACAAUGUGUAAUUUAUUGUUAAUGGUGCUAUCCUAGAAAACAUCUCAAAUAGCGAUAUAUCACCAAACCACAGGUCUAUAGAAACUUGAUCUAGGACUUAAUUGUUGAUGCUGCUAUCCUAGAAAACAACAUCCCAAAUAUAUCACAAAAGUGCAGAUUUAUAAUGAAUCAGAAAAUCCAUCCUAAAUAUAUCACCAAACUACAGGUCUAAAGAAACUGGAUCUAGAUGAUGACCAUAUGUCCUUUAUUGUCUGUUAUUGUUAAUUAGUGCCUAUGUUCGUUAUAAAGCUGUCUUUAAGAUCACAAGAAAUCCAUCCUAAAUAUAUCACCAAGAGAAGGCCUAUGGAAGCUUAUACAUGUAUUACUUAAACCUUCAUACGGCCAAACAAAAUAUACUUGUGAACAUGCUGAAAUUGUAUGUUGAAAUUUUACCUAACACCUAUCUGUUACUGUAUACUUCAUUCUACCAAAAUUGUACAGAUUUUUCUUGAGGACAAGAAGUUCUGCACCAGCUGUUAUUGUUUGCUCCGAUAUAUUUUUGUGCAGUCUUUUUCUAAAUCAUGGACUUAAUCAAUAUGUGUAUAUUAUUUGGAGACUGCAGACAACAUUUUGAACAUAUUAAACUCCAUUCUUAAGGUUAAUUAUAGUAUAACUAAUCGCUGUAUUUGAAUAUAAAAAAUAAGACAACGCGUGACUGAAUGACGCAUGGAUAAAACGAGUGUGCAGCAGGAGUUUAAUCCAUACAAUUAGGUCACAAGUUGUCGUAUUUUUGAUAUUCAAAUACGGCGAUUAGUUAUACUUUUUAUUACAUUGGCUAAUGGCUUUUUUUUAUGAAAUUAAAUUUAUUAAUGUAGAAAAUGUAAGGAACUAUAUGUUUUUCCUACGCAUUCACAAUUUGUUUUGAUCCAACGUUAUCGACGUCUUGACACGCCUAUUGUUGUAUGACGUCAGAGAGUGAAAUAACCACAUUUACAUUUUUUUUUAUUUUUUCAACAAUGAGCAAAGCCCAUACCGCAUAGUCAGCUAUAAAAGGCUCCAAAAUGACAAUGUGAAACAAUUCAAACGACAAAAAUGUAUUUCACAUGUGAAAUUAUCGGUUUUUAUCUAACUGGUAAAUCAAUUAAAUUCAUUGCAACCAAUGUAAUAAUUAAUAUAAUGCUCAAUAUUACACACCUCAUUGCUCAAUAGUCUAGUGAAUAGUAAUCUAUUUAUAGACUAUAGAAUUAUGUUUUUUGUAUAUUAGAUAUUUCAUUAUAGUACAAAAAUUAAUAAUAGUUGACAAAAGCAUAUUUGGACAUCUCUCUGCAUCCACACACCCUUUCCAAACAUAAAAAGCAUGUGGAUUCAUUAUUUUACUGGGUGGUAAUUUCAAAAAACUCUGAGAUAACUGAAAACAAAAUAAUUUUUAUUUAUUAUUAGUACGGUAGUUGUAACCAAGGAUUGUAGUUUAUGUGAUUUUGAGAUAAGUUAAGAAUUGAUAUGAGAUCCUAAAAAUAAUUAGAAUGAAACUGAGGUUACAUUCCUUGUUUUCAAACGAUAGUUUGAAAUUUUUUGACAACUUUAAUCAUUUUCAUAAACUAAUAUCUUUUUAAAUAAAACAGUCAAAUUGUGUUUGAAUAAAAGUGCUUACAAAUUUAUAUUUCAGCAAUUAUCUCCCUUGUAACUUAAUUGUCUCCCAUUAAAAACUGAAUAAUUUUAAAGUAGUUAAUAUUGUUGGUUUAUAAUUUUGAGAUAUUUAUAUGUGCAAUAGAUGUGUUUAUGAUAGAAAUAUAACUUGAUGAGUGGAAAGAUUUUAUUUAUUGUUGACAAUUCUUGGCAUUUAUUGAAACUUGUAUUGAAUUUGUACAUGUAUAUUUGUUAUUGUUUUGUAAUUUUCCACCUCAUACCUCAGUUUUGUAAUAAAGACAGUUUUAUAUGAUGUUUAUAUUGUAUGUAUGUAUUUUUUCUGUGAAUAGUGAGUUAUUCCUUUACAUAUCAACAUAUCCAUUAUUGCUUUAGGCCCAUCCUUAUUAAAUGUGAUUACAAUAAGGCAUUUCUCCAGUUUGAUGCUCCUGCAAGUAAUAUUUAUAUUUUUUUAAUUAGAUGAGUACUGAUAUUUACUAUAAUGAUUUGAAACCCCUAUUCGACUGGUUUGUUCAUGUGUUUUUUGUAGAAUUUUUAUCAUAAUUUGAUGCCCAUUUAUACUAAUAGAUAAUGUAGAAGUCAGUCAUGUGAUGUUAUAUCAUGAGGGGGAUAGGACCUUUAUCGGUUGUUUUUAAGCUCAGGAUUUCGGGAUUGACCCUUUCGGGAUCUGGGAAUCUCUUUUGUCAGAUUUCGGGGUGUCAGAUUUACUUUAUCUAUAUUCGGCACCUCAGGAUUUCGGUUUUUUCAACUCCUAUCCCCCUCUAUCAUGAUUUGAAAUAUUAGUUUGUAAUUUAUGUCUUGGAAUGUUACAGUUUAGGGUUUUGAUGUUCCCUUUUAGAGGCUUUUUGAAAAAUAAAAGUUAUUAAGAAAAAACUUAAAAUUAAUAUCCUCUUUCAUUAUAAUACAACUCCCUAUGUGAUAUUAUAUUUUAAAUUUAGUUUUUUAACUUCUUAAUAUGCUU